AUGGAUACAGAAGACAAGGGCUUAGGUAAAUUAGGACAAAUACUGAAGCAGAUUUGGAGACAAAACCAAAUGUUAAAGCAGGCUCUCCUGGGUGAUAGUCUCUGUGAGGUGGCUGGGGGAGCCACUUGGCUAGUCACAGUGAUCUUUUUGGGUCAAGGGCUCAGUGAAGCCCUUCAUCAACUGUUGGAACACACUGUAGGGACCCUUCAGUCUACCUGCCAGCAGCUGCAUAUACUACUUGACAAGGAUAAUCAAUGUGUCUGGAGACAAGAAAUUAUUGCUUUCAUAGACUGCCUCAUGAAAAUGAAUGAACAUUUGGGGAACACUGCUAUGCUUCUAAGGAAAGAAGAAAAGGAGAUGUGUAAUUUAUGCAGCAUGCAUGAGGACCGUACUCCACAGCAGACAAUAUCGGCCAUUCAAGAUACCAAAGCAACAGACAUUGCUCCAAAAAGGGAACUAAAUGUCAUGGAAACAGCUACUGUUUCUCCUACAAAUGCAGAGGAACGUCAUUAUACAAACCAGGUCCAGUUAAAAGAAAAUCAAACCCAGAUAAAUUCUGAAUUAGGGGGGAAAGAAAACAAUGCAUCAUUGAGUAGAAAUGUAAUAGGGCAAGAAGAGUCACAGAGCUCAGUGUUCCCAGAUAAUGCAGAAAAUGAAGAUGAAAAACAAAUAGAACACAUGACUGCUGAGAACAUAAAUGGCAACAAGGAAGACAUUCAUGAUGCAAUCCAGACAACAACAAGGGAAACUCGAGAGACCUCAGAAAACCAAGGAGAAGAGAUUAUCACAUCCCCAGCAGCAUGGGAUGUCUCCAGUAAAGAUGUGAAUAGUCUUCAUAAUGACUCAGAGAGUCCAAAACAAAAGAAUAACAUAAUGGAGAAGGAGUAUCUUGAUGUGCUGAGUGCUGGGACUGACCCUCAAGUGUCUUGUUACAUCACAGCACCUUCGCAUGUUCUGCAACAGUUGGACUGCCAGAUAAUUAACAGCAUGAGCUCCUUCAUAGUGAGUGCUAACGAAGAGUUGGUCAGCAACGUCAUCGCUGUUGAAUGCUCAGAUAAGGAAAAGAAAAUCCCAUUCCCAGUAUGCAUUGCAAUUCCUUUCAAGGCAAGCUACAAGGGCAAUUACAGAGACAUUGUGGUGAAAAUGACUGACACGAACUUUCAAUCCAGUUACCUAACUCCAAAUUCAUUGGAAGGAAUGAGGGGAACUUCUUACAAGGGGACUUGUGCUGCAGUGAAUGUUUACAAGUUGGGUAUGUUUUCAGUAGUGUCAUGUUUAAAGAAACAGUCUUUCACAGUAACGAAAAAAGGACUUAAUCUAAAAUCAAGCGUAGAUGCCCGGAUAGCCUUCAGUUAUCCUGCAGGAGUUUUCAACUCACCAGUGCUUGUCCAGUUAAAGAUCCAGCCAGUCGACCCUUCUUUGGUGUUAUAUUUAAAAGCACAUCAAGAUUCCUCCUAUUCAGUACAGUCGACAAGUCCUCUUAUCCACAUCCAGCACCCAUCAACUCAUUCUUUUCAAAAGCCAGUCACGGUAUUCCUUCCUUGUUCUCCUCUCCCUGAAAAAAAGAAUCUUGAGUCUGAGAAAGAUCACAGGAGACCCGAGAGUGCCACAGUGCACAGGAGCCUGCCAACACCCUUGUACUUCAACAGGACCAAGAGUGCUUCCAUCAGAAAACCUGGUAACAACGCUUGUGAAACUUUGAAAUUAGUAGGAUUCAGAAGCAGAGACAGUGGUUGGUUUGGAAUUGAUGACGUCGUGGUGAGAACUGUCCAGAAUGGCUUGGUAUCUUUCGAAUUGUGUGAACACUUAGAGAGGUUUAUUGUGCUCCACCUGUCUUCCACAGCAGACAAUAGCCACUUGGUUUCUUUUGUGAAGUCUUUAGAGGAAGCCUCACUCAGCACCACUGCCUGUAUUGUGCUGUCACACCAGAAGGACAAUCCGCACAGAGUGGUUAUUUUAGUGGUACCUUCGAAGGAGUUAAACCUGGUACUGAAGGACUUGCGCUCAGAAGGCUUUGGAGGACUUCCAGAAUCAUCUAGACAUUUCCAAGUAAGAGAAGGAGAACAACUUCUUUUAAGGUUUACUGGAAACAUAUUUGGCUCAAGCAAUGGGAAGGAUUAUGGGAAAGACUACAAAGUCAUCUUUCACCUGCAAAGAAAACCCAGGCUAGAACUCCAUAUCAAAGAGGUGGAUGAAUUUGGGAACUAUAGCUGCCCUCAUUAUAAAGGCACCAUUGUGGUCUAUAAAGUACCCAGAGAGAAGAUUGUCCCCAACUUGGAUCAAUCCCUUCAUGAAAAUCUUUACCAGCUUCCAGUUUGCAAAUUACCAUUGAAAUUGCCAAAGCACGAAAAAGUAAUCAGCCGUCCACAGAGUACCAAAAGAGUGUCUACAGACCCUCUAGAGGCUCUUUGGGAUAACUUACUUCAUUGGCUGGCUGAGGAGCUCUCUGAAGAAGGUGUUGAGGUCCUCACCACAUCCCUCCCUCUGCGCCGCAGCACAGUUCAGCUCAUCAAACUGAAGCACCCUGAUGAUCUGACAGAGCAGAUCCACGAACUACUUUGCUUCUGGAAACGAUCUCUACCGACUUCCAUGGACAAAAUUCGCCUCCUGGCUCGCCAUCUCCGCAAGCUGGGCCGGUGUGAUCUUGCAGAAGAGCUCAAGUUCAAGUGGGAACACAAGGUGUUCACAGAACCUCAGCCCUGGUUUGAUGUGACUGCUGAAUAA